UUGUGAAGGGGCACUCCUGCUCCUCCCUUCGCCCGAAGGCGUAACGGGCCUUCGCCCGGGGCCUCGUCACUCAGCAUAAUCGAAUUCGCCCAAUACUCCAACCCGGAAGUGAAUUUACCUUGGUCCUCGGAAGAAGACAUUUGAGUGAGAAAUAAGUAACGCAGAAACAUGAUGGUUUGAAGCCGAAGGGCGUCUAUAAAUUGUAGUAUUAUUCAUUGUGUUUUAUCAAAAUGUCCAAACUACAGCUGUUGAAUGUGUUUAUCACCGAGCGUUUAACAACAGCAGCAAUAGAGAUAUUUGGUUCAGCAGAAAAGACAUUAGCAGAGUACCAGGAGCGACUAACAACAGCGGCAUUUGAGAUAUUUGUUGUGGUGGAAAAGACGAUCGCAGAGGUUCAGGGAGAGAACGACCGUCUACGAGGGCUUCUUCUGGGUCAUUUAGGUGCAGAUCCCCAGCAGCUAAAUCUCCCUGAAGAGGAGGUUUCCCCUAAGCAGCAGCAGCAUUGUGAGCAGGAGUGGAGCCCCAGUCCAGGGAAGGAGGACCCAGAGCCCACACAGAUUACAGAGGAACAGAAGGAACUCAGGACCAGUCAGGAGGAAGAGCAGCUUCAAAGACUUAGGUCUGCUACUACAGAGGUUGUACAAUUGAUAUUUAUUCCUCCCUGUGUGGAAAGUGACUGUGACCAGGACAGCAAGACGGACUCUCUACCCUCCAACACAACUGAACAGACCCAAUCAGCAUUGGAUGACGAGGACUACAGAGCAUCACAACUAUCCAGUCACUCUCAACUCCUCUCUGCAUUAAAUCCACACUGUUCUGCAGCUCUGAGUGAAAUCAUUGUAAGUAUUGAUGAAGACGAGGGUGAAGAACUACCGUCAUGGUCAAAGAGAACACGGGAAAAGAAGAAACCAAUCUCUCAAGUCUGCACUGAGGCCAAGACAACCAGUGAGCUGAAAGCACCUUUAAAGCCUCACACAAACAGGAGACCAUGCAAGUGUCAUGUGUGCAGUAAAUGCUUUAAGACACCAGGCCCUUUAAAGGUACAUUGGAGAAUUCACACAGGGGAGAAAUCACACCGCUGUCCUUUUUGUUGUCAACGAUUUAAGUCAUUAAACGUUCUACAACUACACCAGAAAGUUCACACUGGGGAGAAAGAUAGACCACAGCAAUGUCCUGUGUGCUGUAAGUCCUUUCAUAGCACAGCUUCUUUAAAAUAUCAUCAGCGAAUUCACACAGGGGAGAAAUCAUUUAAGUGCCAAAAAGGUGGCAGAUCAGUUAGAUGCAAGUGCUACGUCAACAAGCAUAUGAGGACUACCCGCCCAGGUGCAAAGACAUACAGCUGUCCUGUGUGCAGUAAAAGCAGUCUAAAGGAACACCAGAUGCUUCAUAGUGAGAAACCCAAUCAGUCUUCUGUGUGCAGUACAGACUUUAUUAACUCCUUACCCAAUUAUAAAGUACAUCAGAGCACUCACACAGGAGAGAAAUCAUUUAAGUGUCCCGUGUGCAUUAAAAGCUUCGCAAGUGCAAGUCUUUUAAAAAUACACCAGAUAUAUCACACAGGGGAGAAAUCGCACAAGUGCAAAGAAUGCGACAAAUGCUUCUACCGCAAGGGGCAUCUGGUCAGGCAUAUGAUGACUCACACAGGGGAGAAAUUCUAUAAGUGCUCUGUAUGUGAAAAACGCUUUAUAUCAUUGUCUGCUCUAAAAAAACACUGUGAAAUCGAAGAGGACCCUUGUCGUCAUGAAGUUUGUGGCAAAAGCCGCAUGUGGAAGGGAAGCUUGACGGAACACUUAAAUACGCACACAGGGAAGAAAUCAUCUAAGCGCCUUGUAUAUGAAAAAGGCCUCGCAUCAUCAAGUGUUCUAAAACGCGACCAGCUGGACCACUGCGGAGGGAAACCAGAAGAGAAUCAAUCCGAGAGAGAGUCGUAUCUCUGCAGCGACUGUGGCAAAAGCUUCCGAACCAUCAGUUACCUGAGAGUGCAUAUGAAAACGCACAGAGAGAGAGAGCUGCAUAAAUGUCCUGUAUGUGGAAAGUGCUUCACGUCAUCGCCUUAUUUCAAACUCCACCAGCGAAUCCACACCGGAGAGAAACAACAUCGGUGCAGCGUUUGCAGCAAAAGCUUCACUCUGAGGGGACACCUGACGGAACACGUGAGGACUCACACAGGGGAGAAACCAUUUAAGUGUCCGGUAUGUGGGAAAAGUUUUACAUCUUCAAGUGUUCUAAAACGUCACCAGCAGAAUCACUGUGGAAAAACUGCAAAAGAAAAGCAAUCUGAGGAAACGUCGUAUCUCUGCAGCGACUGUGGCAAAAGUUUCAGAACAAUGAGUUACCUGAGAGUGCAUAUGAAGACUCACAGAGAGAGAGAGGUGCAUAAAUGUCCUGUAUGUGGAAAAGGCUUCAGGUGGGGCUCUUCGCUAAAAAUCCAUCAGAGAAUUCACACAGGAGAGAAACCUUUUCUGUGCACGGUUUGUAGCAAAAGCUUCACUUGGAAGGGAACCCUAAUAGAACACAUGAAGAAUCACACAGGGGAGAAAUCACAUCAGUGCCACGUCUGCAGCAAAAGGUUUGUUUAUAGCAGAAGCCUGUCUCGUCACAUGAUGUCUCACACAGGGGAGAAACCUUUUAAGUGUCCCGUAUGUGGAAUAUGCUGUACAACAUCAAGUCUUCUGAAAUGCCACCAGCGAAUUCACACCGGUGUGAAACCAUAUCUAUGUAACGUUUGUAGCAAAGAAUUCACUUGGAAGGGAGGUCUGACACAACAUAUGAAAAGUCACACAGGGGAGAGACCAUAUAAGUGCCCUGUGUGUGAAAAGGGCUUUAUAACGUCGGGCGAUCUGACACGCCACACGCGUGUUCACACCGGAGAGAAACCAUUUCGCUGCAAUGAUUGUAACAAAUGCUUUAGUCAGAUCAGUUCCCUUAAAUCACACAUGAAGAAUAUUCACUAGAGAGAGAGAGAGAGAGAGAGAGAGAGAACACAUAACAGUAUAAAAUGUGUCAGUCCCAAGGAUGAAAGGUCCAUUCUAAUUGAUACCGGUAAGGUCACAAUAUAUCAUGGUUGAAAGGAAUGACUGAACUUGUAGAACAUUGUCUAUAGCCUACACUGAGUGUACAAAACAUUAAGAACACCUUCCUCAUUGAGUUGCACCCCCUUUUUUCCCCCCUCAGAACGAGCCUCAAUUCAUCGGUGCAUUAUUAUCGGUUAUUAUGUAGUUCUACGGUCUGUACAGGUCCAUGAGUGAGUAGUAGGUCUGUACAGGUCCAGGAGUGAGUAGUAGGUCUGUACAGGAGUGAGUAGUAGGUCUGUACAGGUCCAGGAGUGAGUAGUAGGUCUGUACAGGUCCAGGAGUGAGUAGUAGGUCUGUACAGGUCCAGGAGUGAGUAGUAGGUCUGUACAGGAGUGAGUAGUAGGUCUGUACAGGAGUGAGUAGUAGGUCUGUACAGGAGUGAGUAGUAGGUCUGUACAGGAGUGAGUAGUAGGUCUGUACAGGAGUGAGUAGUAGGUCUGUACAGGAGUGAGUAGUAGGUCUGUACAGGUCCAGGAGUGAGUAGUAGGUCUGUACAGGUCCAGGAGUGAGUAGUAGGUCUGUACAGGAGUGAGUAGUAGGUCUGCACAGGUCCAGGAGUGAGUAGUAGGUCUGUACAGGAGUGAGUAGUAGGUCUGUACAGGUCCAUGAGUGAGUAGUAGGUCUGUACAGGUCCAUGAGUGAGUAGUAGGUCUGUACAGGUCCAGGAGUGAGUAGUAGGUCUGUACAGGUCCAGGAGUGAGUAGUAGGUCUGUACAGGUCCAGGAGUGAGUAGUAGGUCUGUACAGGUCCAGGAGUGAGUAGUAGGUCUGCACAGGUCCAGGAGUGAGUAGUAGGUCUGUACAGGUCCAGGAGUGAGUAGUAGGUCUGUACAGGAGUGAGUAGUAGGUCUGUACAGGUCCAGGAGUGAGUAGUAGGUCUGUACAGGUCCAGGAGUGAGUAGUAGGUCUGUACAGGUCCAGGAGUGAGUAGUAGGUCUGUACAGGUCCAGGAGUGAGUAGUAGGUCUGUACAGGUCCAGGAGUGAGUAGUAGGUCUGUACAGGUCCAGGAGUGAGUAGUAGGUCUGUACAGGUCCAGGAGUGAGUAGUAGGUCUGUACAGGUCCAGGAGUGAGUAGUAGGUCUGUACAGGUCCAGGAGUGAGUAGUAGGUCUGUACAGGUCCAGGAGUGAGUAGUAGGUCUGUACAGGUCCAGGAGUGAGUAGUAGGUCUGUACAGGUCCAGGAGUGAGUAGUAGGUCUGUACAGGUCCAGGAGUGAGUAGUAGGUCUGUACAGGUCCAGGAGUGAGUAGUAGGUCUGUACAGGUCCAGGAGUGAGUAGUAGGUCUGUACAGGUCCAGGAGUGAGUAGUAGGUCUGUACAGGUCCAGGAGUGAGUAGUAGGUCUGCACAGGUCCAGGAGUGAGUAGUAGGUCUGUACAGGUCCAGGAGUGAGUAGUAGGUCUGCACAGGUCCAGGAGUGAGUAGUAGGUCUGUACAGGUCCAGGAGUGAGUAGUAGGUCUGCACAGGUCCAGGAGUGAGUAGUAGGUCUGUACAGGUCCAGGAGUGAGUAGUAGGUCUGUACAGGUCCAGGAGUGAGUAGUAGGUCUGUACAGGUCCAGGAGUGAGUAGUAGGUCUGUACAGGUCCAGGAGUGAGUAGUAGGUCUGUACAGGUCCAGGAGUGAGUAGUAGGUCUGUACAGGUCCAGGAGUGAGUAGUAGGUCUGUACAGGUCCAUGAGUGAGUAGUAGGUCUGUACAGGUCCAGGAGUGAGUAGUAGGUCUGUACAGGUCCAGGAGUGAGUAGUAGGUCUGUACAGGUCCAGGAGUGAGUAGUAGGUCUGUACAGGUCCAGGAGUGAGUAGUAGGUCUGUACAGGUCCAGGAGUGAGUAGUAGGUCUGUACAGGAGUGAGUAGUAGGUCUGUACAGGAGUGAGUAGUAGGUCUGUACAGGUCCAUGAGUGAGUAGUAGGUCUGUACAGGUCCAGGAGUGAGUAGUAGGUCUGUACAGGUCUAUGAGUGAGUAGUAGGUCUGCACAGGUCCAGGAGUGAGUAGUAGGUCUGCACAGGUCCAGGAGUGAGUAGUAGGUCUGUACAGGUCCAGGAGUGAGUAGUAGGUCUGCACAGGUCCAGGAGUGAGUAGUAGGUCUGCACAGGUCCAGGAGUGAGUAGUAGGUCUGUACAGGUCCAGGAGUGAGUAGUAGGUCUGCACAGGUCCAGGAGUGAGUAGUAGGUCUGUACAGGUCCAGGAGUGAGUAGUAGGUCUGCACAGGUCCAGGAGUGAGUAGUAGGUCUGUACAGGUCCAGGAGUGAGUAGUAGGUCUGCACAGGUCCAGGAGUGAGUAGUAGGUCUGUACAGGUCCAGGAGUGAGUAGUAGGUCUGUACAGGUCCAGGAGUGAGUAGUAGGUCUGUACAGGUCCAGGAGUGAGUAGUAGGUCUGUACAGGAGUGAGUAGUAGGUCUGUACAGGAGUGAGUAGUAGGUCUGUACAGGUCCAGGAGUGAGUAGUAGGUCUGUACAGGUCCAGGAGUGAGUAGUAGGUCUGUACAGGUCCAGGAGUGAGUAGUAUGUCUGUACAGGUCCAGGAGUGAGUAGUAGGUCUGUACAGGUCCAGGAGUGAGUACUCGUAACACAAAGCAAGUUAUUAUGUAGGUCUGUGGUUUCUCCACCUUUGUUGGCGUAGAUAAAGUCUAUAAAAGGUAGAUGUACGGUCUCACCCAAACCCAUUCUUUCUCUCUCUGCUUUUAAAAAAUAUGAUUAACGGAACUGUCUACAGCUUUUAAGUGUCCCACUAGGGCAUUUCAGACAACCUUUUUUAACUGAAGAAUGUAUUUCUUUUUUUUUUUUCGAUUGUGUUUUGCUUUUCAUUUAUUGUUGUGUAUAAUGUUUAGUUUAAUGUGUAUAUUGUAUUUUGAUGUGCAUUGACUCACUGUCAAAAUAAAGGUGAAAUAAAAAUA